AUGCCGCGCGUGCAACUGUUCAUUGACAACGGGGGCUACAGCGUCAAGGCUCUCUACCUUCCCGCCUCGGCCGACACCAGCAACAGGUCGGCAGCGACACAUGCCUCAGCACUCACAAGCAGCUCGACGCAUGGGGAGGCGGCGGCGACGGCCGCUACUGUCGCACCUGCACCCAAGGUGCUUGUCGUGCCGAACUGUGUAGGGGCUGCUGUGUACGCUGGCACAGGUAUCAUGGGUGACCAGCUUGAUCACCUGCCGCACUAUCACGGGCUCAUGGUGCGCCGGCCAGUGGACCGCGGCUUCGUCGUGGAUGGUGGCCUGCAGGCGCGUGUGUGGGAGCACGUGCUCCAGCACUUCUCCAUCGAGUCGGAGGAGGAGGUGGAUGUAUGGCUGGUGGUCCCCUUCGCCGCCCCGAAGGCGGUGGCGCAGCUGCUCUGGCUACUGUGCACACGUAGUUUUCGCUUCGGCUCUGUCACAGUCGUGAGCAGCAGCUUUAUGAGUCUCAUCGCCUACAAGUUUGCGAGGGGCGCAUCGGCCCCUUCCAGCGCUGCCCGCAAGCGUCCCCGCAGCACGGUCGACACCGAUGCGCAAGAGUCGCCCGGCUGCUCUGGCAGCAGCGCCACUGGUGGCGGCAUGGCUAUCAUGGUGGAUGUCGGCUUCUCUGCCACCACCGUCGUCCCUUACGUGAACUACAUCCCUGUGUACAGCUCCGUUGUGCGCCUCGACGUGGGUGGCAAGGUGCUCACUAACCGACUGAAGGAGUACAUCAGCUUUUCGCAGAUGAACGUGAUAGAGGACACAUGGCUCAUCAACCACGUCAAGGAGCAGUGCUGCGUCGUGGCACGGCACCCGCGGCGCAGUCUCCAGCGCUAUGCUGCACUGUGGAAGGGCAGAACCCGGGAUGAGGUGGAGGCGGCUGCGGGUGCAUUGUCGACGCUGCGGAGAGAAGACGGCGGCAGCGGCGACGGGCAAGCAUCCCGAUCCCAGAGGCCCGGCGCACCAGUGGCGGGUGUUUUGACCUCACCAGAUGUACCGAUCCGCUACUACCUACCCACGAUACCGGCUCUCCUCCCCCUCGGUGUGCUAGAGGCGGAGCUGCCGUCGCGCCUGCCAAAGACGAGUGGCGUGGACGCCGCGGCGCUGCAGCACCUCCUGCUCUGUCAGGAGCGCUUCUUGAUUCCGGAGUUGCUCUUCACACCGGCUGAUGUCGGCAUCAACCAGCAAGGUGUGGCCCAGGCCAUCACAGAGGGCAUCUUUCAGCGAGGGCUCCUUCAGCACCUGACGAAGUUGCUCCGGCCACUGCUGCUCCACAAUGUGUGCGUGUACGGCGGUACAGCCUCUCAGCCGAACUUCCGCGAUCGCCUGGAGGCCGAGGUGGCAGCGGUGGCCCCGCAGUCCCCGGAUUGCGACGCAGAUUUGGACUUGAAGGAUAGCAAGCGCAGUAGCAGCAGCAGUCGGCACGGUGCCACGGAAGCCUGCGCAGAUCGUACCACAUGCCUCUCCGCCACCCCGGCGCUGCCGGAGUUUCUCUUGAAGGCCGGUGGCGCCUCCACAGACCUCUCCCUGCAGCCAUUGCUCGGUGCAUGGUGCCUCUUGUCGGCGACGGUGGACAGCGGAAGCAACGGCGGCGCGUCGCAGCGAGAGCUACUUCGACUUCGCGCAUUGGUGCAUGAGCGGUCAGGGAUCGAGUUGCAGCACCCACCAGCAGGCCGAGUGACGGUGGAGACAUUCCAGCACGCACUAGAGCGCAUGUUGUGA